AAUGUGUUGGAUCGACACGAAUACGAGUUUGUGUUGAAUCGGGCGUGUCUUCAGUUGGAGCCAAACGAUCCCAAAUACAUAGAGAUAUGUCACACGACAUACGAACACAUUGUGGCCAACAGUCAGUUCGGGUCUCUCCAAUCGACCCGACAUUUCGGUCCAUUUUGCUAUUAUUUGGCCUUCAAUUCAAAAAUCGACAAAUUAUUAAAUGAUUACAUUUUAAGAGAGUCUGUGAGCGACGCUUCGGCUUUAGUGCAACUCUUUUAUGUCAUUCAUUCACAAGACUCACAGCUUUUGGAUGAAAUCCAUUCGGAAGUGGUCUCCGAUUUACCGCUCAUUAAGAAAUAUAUAUCUGAAGAGUCAAAAGAGAAAUCAAUUCUUGAGCUCUCGCUUCAAAAGUAUGAAGAAAUACAGAGAGAAAAGGCGUCACUGAAUGAAGAUAUCAAUAGAGCCCAUGGAUUGAGUGCAUAAACCACUGCUUUGUGUUGUCAUCAAAUGCUUGAUGUCUUCAUUUUGUGCAAACAAUAGAAGACUGGCUUUACAUUUGUCUUCAUUGCUAAUUAAACUCAACAAAUGUUUUGAUAAAUUUGUAAUUAUAAAUAAUUAUGGGUUGAUAUAAUAAAUGCAAAUAAAACUAUAUUAUAGUUAUUCACAAUUUGCAGCACAUA